AUGUUUCGCCAACUAAGUCGUAUUUGGGUGACAUUUGUACAAAACGCACGGACUCCCGCGACAAAUUUUCAUUAUCUCACCUCACUUGUCACCCGUCGAGUCAUAACCCGGUUGAGACAUUUCCAUAAUACCUUUGGUGCCUCCUCCAGUCCGACAUUGAGCUGCGAAACUGUGGCAGUAUCCGGAGACAACGCCAAUAUGGCAGACAACGUGGAAAGCCAGCGUGACCAGCGCGGUGAUGAGAAGCAUGCAAUCGAAACUCCUGUUGCCGAUGAACAGCAUGCCCCGGCUGCUGGUCGGAGCAGUAAAGGCCUCGUGCGAAGAGUCUUGAUGGCGGGGCGGGUCGAAGAGGGUGGAAUUGAGCCCAUUCCACGAGAAGUACGGACAAACACCAAGUACUUCAACGCUUUUACGAUUUGGUGCUCCAUCAACACAAACAUUUUGGCGAUCACUUUCGGCAUGCUGGGCCCAGUCUCUUUCGGCCUUGGUCUCCGAGAUUCGGCGCUUGUCAUCCUCUUUUUCAGCCUGUUAUCAACGCUGGCCCCGGCCUUCUUGUCAACAUUGGGGCCCAAGACUGGCAUGCGACAGAUGAUCCAGGCUCGAUACAGUUUCGGAUACUAUUUUGUAUAUAUCCCCGUCGUCCUCAAUCUAGCAACCCUCACCGGCUUUUGUGUCAUUAUUUGCGUCAUUGGCGGCCAAUGCCUGGCAGCAGUGUCCGAUGGCGAUCUUUCCACUGCCGUCGGCAUCGUCCUGAUUGGCGUGGCGGCUCUGCUGAUUUCCUUUUGCGGAUUCAACGUGCUGCACUUCUACGAGGGCUACGCUUGGAUGCCAGCUCUCGUAGCCAUCAUCAUUGCCGUUGGAUGCGGCGGACAGCAGCUCCAAAAGCAAGCUUCAUAUGAACCGGCAACAGCGGCUGGGGUCCUCAGCUUCGGUGGUGUCAUUGCAUCCUACAUGAUCCCGUGGGCCUGCAUUGCAUCUGAUCUGACUACCUACUUCGAUCCUACCGGCCGCUUGGUCUCACACCGCAUCUUUGCCUACAGCUUCUUGGGGUUGGCUGUGCCGACGAUCUUGCUCAUGACCCUGGGUGCAGCCAUCGGUGGCGCUAUGAGCAAUAUCCCCGAAUGGCAAAUUGGCUUCGACAGCACCUUGGUUGGCGGCGUCCUGGGAGCCAUGCUUUCCUCGGCUGGCGGAUUCGGCAAAUUCAUCCUGGUCGUUCUCGCCUUCACCCUGCUGGCAAACAUUUCAGGCACGAUGUACGCAAUCACGCUGAACUUCCAGACCUUGAUCCCGUCAUUCCGCCUGCCACGCUACGUCUUUUCUGUUAUAGUCACCGCCAUCAUCAUUCCUAUCGCCGUCAAAGCAGCACACGAUUUCUUCCUCAGUCUGGAGAACUUCAUUGCGCUCAUCGGCUACUGGUCUGCCUCUUUCGUAGGGAUCGUGGUUGUCGAGCACUUUGUGUUCCGACGCGGGAACUCGAAGCUCUACGAUGUUGCCGUGUGGGAUGUACCCUCUAAACUGCCCUUGGGUGUUGCUGCUAUCGGCGCAGCUGUGCUGAGCUUUGGCCUUGUUGUGCCGUGUAUUGCACAGGUCUGGUUUACGGGCCCCAUCGCCGUCUCGACGGGUGACAUUGGCUUUGAGGUUGCGUUCUUCUUAAGCGCUGUCUUGUAUGUGCCUCUGCGUUAUGCUGAGAAGCACUACUCGGGACGGUAG